AGUAUGCAUGCAUGUUAACAGACGAACACUUUGAUUACUACAAUCAUGUACCAGACCUACUAACACGGCAAACCUAUGGUCAAUUAGUCACCAAAGUAUGCACGGCAAGCCUAUGAUCUUCUAGAGUUCAUGCGCGCACGGGGCGGGCAGGUCAUCUUCCUGCCCUGCGGCCUCGUGGCCGGCUCCUUCAUCACCGUCGUCGGCACGCCCAGGACCGUGCAGGAGUACAUGCCGCAGCUCGCGCGGAUGCACCAGUGGGACAGCACCGUGCUCGUCUCGCAGUUCAUGGUCGAGCUGCAGGGGCCACGCGCCUUCGACGCCGAGGACCCACCUAGGAUACUCCACCUCAACCCCAGGCUCAGGGGACUGGAGCCAGCACCCCGUCAUCGAGCACAAUAUCUGCUACAGGAUGCAGUGGGGCGCCGCCCAACGUUGCGAUGGGUCACCACCCGAGGACAACGAGGAUGCAAUGAGAGGUGUACAUACUUUGGAGAUCAGCAAUGGCCGGAGGGCGCAGAGCGCAUCAGCUUCCAGAUGCAAGCAGCCAGAUUCCAGUUCGUGCACACCAGAUGGACAGUGGACCCAACCAUACCAAGCUCAGCCAUCUGCACCUCAAAGGUUCCAACUUCUUCAUGA